GCUGCUCCAGCCUCGCUCCCCGCAGCGCCAUGCGGGCCGGGCCAGCGCUGCUGCUGCUGCUGCUGCCCGCGCUGCUGGGCUGCGCUCUGGCCGCGGGGCCGCGGCUGCUGCGGGGCAUGCCCAAUGUGUGCCCAGUGCUGGAGCUGGCUCUGGUGGGACACCAGGAGCCCUGCAUCCAGUCCUUCAGCCGCAUGGUCAGGAUGUGGAAGCAGGGCUGCACCAACAGGAGAUGGUGUGUGAGCUAUGAGAGAAGGUCUGGCUACUACACGGUUUACAAGCAGGUGUACAGGAUGGAGCAGCAGACUGUCUAUAAGUGCUGCCCCGGCUGGGCCCAGCAGGACAAUGAACCCGGCUGUCUGCACUUGCUGUGCUCUGCUGGAACCUGCUUCAAUGGAGGGAAGUGCUCUGCAGGAGGGUCCCAGGUGUGCCAGUGCCCUGCAGGAUUCCAGGGGCCUCGCUGCCAGUAUGAUGUCAACGAGUGCACCACGGGGAACGGCGGCUGCCAGGAGCGCUGCUGCAACACCAUCGGCAGCUACCACUGCAAGUGUCCAGCUGGCCAGAGGCUGGGGGAAGAUGGAAAAUCCUGUGCAGACGUGGACGAGUGUGAGGUGCUGAACGGGGGCUGCCAGCAGGGCUGUGCCAACACCCAGGGCUCCUUCCAGUGCCAGUGCCAGCCGGGGUUCCGGCUCCACGCCGACGGCCGCACCUGCCUCGCUGUCAAUUCCUGCAGCAUUAACAACGGGGGCUGUGAGCAGGACUGUGUUCAGCUCAGUGAGGACCACUACAAGUGCCAGUGCCAGCCAGGCUACCAGCUGAAGGCAGAUGCCAAAUCCUGUGAAGUGAUAGACCCCUGCGCAAGUGGGAACGGAGGAUGCUCACAAAUCUGUCAGAAUGAGAGAGGAAUUGCAAAAUGCGAGUGUCAUCCAGGGCAUUCUCUUGCUGCAGACAAAAAGUCCUGUUUAGACGUGGAUGAGUGUGCAGAGGGCAGUGCCAGGUGUGCCCAUCGCUGUGUGAACACCCCGGGCUCCUUCAGCUGUGCCUGCAGCCCCGGCUUCGAGCUGGGCGCGGACGGGCGGCGCUGCUACCGCAUCGAGAUGGAAAUCGUGGACAGCUGCCGGGACGGGAACGGCGGCUGCGAGCACGGCUGCGAGCACACGGCAGCGGGACCGCGCUGCUCCUGCCCCCGCGGGCACCGCCUGGCCGGGGACGGCAAAGCCUGCACAGACGUGGACGAGUGUGAGACUGGGGAGUCCUGCUGCUCCCAGUUCUGCAUCAACUACGCGGGGGGCUACGAGUGUGCCUGCAAGGCGGGGUUCCAGCUCAGCGCCGACGGCUGCUCCUGUGAUGAUGUGGAUGAAUGUCGUCUGGAUAAUGGCAACUGUGACCAUUUCUGUGUGAAUUCCCUGGGGUCCUACGAGUGUGCCUGUAAGGAGGGUUACAGGCUUGGGGACAGCAGAUGGGCCUGCGUGGCCCUAGGCGCGGAGGAGGCCGAAGCAGAGGAGGCAGCAGGGCUGGCUGGUGCCCCAGGGCUGCAGUUCCGAGGGCCCCCCCAGCUGCUGCACCUCGCCCUCGGGGCCCUGGCCGAGGAUGGAGACCCCCGAGGAGAGCUCACCCUGGUGCACAGGGUUGUGUGCCUGGGUGACACGUUUGGCCAGGACUGCAGCCUGAGGUGUGAGGAUUGCCUGCACGGGGGCCGCUGCAACAGCGAGCGCAGCGGCUGCGUCUGCCCGCCCGGCCGGGCUGGGCUCGUCUGCAACGAGACCUGUCCCCCCGGGACGUUCGGCAGAGGAUGCGCCGGAGUCUGCAGGUGCCAGAACGGAGGCUGGUGUGACCCUGGCACAGGGCAGUGCCACUGCCCUCCUGGUGUGCUGGGCCAGCUCUGCGAGGAUGGUUGCCCAAAAGGUUUCUUUGGGAAGAACUGCAACAAGCCAUGCAACUGUGCCAACAAGGGCCACUGCCACAGACUGUAUGGAGCCUGCCUGUGUGACCCCGGGCUCUACGGCCGCUUCUGCCACCUCACCUGUCCCAGGUGGGCCUUUGGCGCGGGCUGCUCGGAGGAGUGCCAGUGUGUGAAGGAGCACACGCUGGAGUGCAGCCCCAGGGACGGCUCCUGCACCUGCCAGCCUGGAUACCACGGCAAGAAGUGUCACAAAGAGUGCACCCCAGGGUUUUAUGGGGCUGGUUGCAAACUGAGGUGCAGCUGUCCUCCUGAUGUUCUGUGUGAUCCUGAGACAGGAGCCUGCAAACAUCCGUGUCCAGCUGGGUUUCAUGGAGAAAAAUGCCAUUUGUCUUGUCAGCCUGGCAGCUUCGGGAUGGGCUGCAGGCAGAGGUGCAGCUGUGGAGGAGCCCCGUGUGAUCCAAGGACAGGGCAGUGUGUUUGCCCAGCUGGGAAAACUGGUGCUACGUGUGAGCAAGAUUGCCCAGAUGGCCAGUGGGGACCAGACUGCCAGAACUCCUGCGAGCCCUGUGCCAACGGGGGACAGUGCAACAGGGAAACUGGGGCCUGUGACUGUCCCCCUGGCUACACUGGGCCUUCCUGCUCUGACACCUGCCCUGAUGGACACUAUGGACGGGGCUGCCUGUGGCUGUGCAGCUGUGGCAGCAGUGCUCAGUGUCACCACGUCACCGGGGAGUGCUCCUGUCCCCCGGGCUGGACUGGCCACGACUGCAAACACCGGUGCCCCGAGGGGAGCUUUGGCCCGGGCUGUGAGUCCAGCUGUCAGUGCCAGAACGGAGCUGCCUGCGACCACGUCAGCGGAGCCUGCACCUGCACGGCGGGCUGGACAGGAACCUUCUGUGAAAAAGCUUGUCCAGACGGAUUCUUUGGGAUUGACUGCCACCAGGUGUGCAAGUGCAAGAAUGCUGCUGGCUGUGACCACGUGCUGGGCUCCUGCCACUGCCUGCCAGGGUGGCUGGGGGAGAGCUGCGAGCAGCCCUGCCAGGGGAACAGCUAUGGGCCGGGCUGCAGGAGCACUUGUCAGUGUCACAAUGGAGCUCUCUGUCACCACGAAACCGGGACGUGCCUCUGUGGCCCGGGCUGGAAAGGAGCCACCUGCCAAGAAGCCUGUGACCCAGGGUGGUACGGAGCAAACUGCCUGCAGCGCUGCCUGUGCCACGGCCAGGCCACCUGUGACCCUGUGAGCGGGCAGUGCCAGUGUCCCCAGGGCUGGGCAGGGACAGCCUGUGAGCUGGAGUGUGGGGCCAGGCAGUUUGGAGAGGGCUGUGAGCAGAACUGCAGCUGCCACCAUGGGGUGUGUGACCAGUCCUCAGGGAAGUGCCUCUGCCACGCUGGCUGGACCGGGGACCGCUGUGAUGUUGGCUGCCCCCCGGGAUUUUUCGGCGAGCGCUGCGAGGAGCGCUGUGACUGCGCCCACGGCAGGUCCUGCCACCCCCAGACUGGAGCCUGUCACUGCGAGAGCGGGUGGCGAGGGAGGCACUGUGACAAACCCUGCCCGCCCGGCCGGCACGGUGCGGGAUGCGCCCGGCGCUGCCGCUGCCCCGCGGGACGGCCCUGCCACCACCGCACGGGCGCCUGCGGAUGUCCCCCGGGAGCCACCGGCCACGGCUGCCACAAGGCUUGUCCGGCGGGCACGUAUGGGCAGGACUGUCAGGGAGUGUGCCAGUGCUCUGCUGAGAAUCAGGAAUGCCACCCUGUCACCGGCCACUGCUCCUGCAGCCCGGGCUACCAUGGGGCACACUGCCACCUCCGGUGUCCAGAAGGUACUUAUGGUUCAAACUGCCAAAAUCCCUGUAAAUGCAUGAACGGAGGCCGCUGUGACCCUGUGUCAGGAGCUUGCGAUUGCGCUCCCGGUUUCAUCGGAGCCAACUGCAGCAAAACCUGCCCUGAGAGCUGGUAUGGGAAGGACUGUGCCCAGCCCUGUGCCUGUGGCAAAGGCCAGUGUGACCCACGGACCGGCGAGUGCACCUGUGCCCCCGGCCACACGGGACCUGCCUGUCAGCAAGUGUGUCCCCAGGGACAGUAUGGCCCCAACUGCCAUGGGACGUGUACCUGUCAGAACGGUGGCAUCUGUGACCAUGUGGAUGGCAACUGCACCUGCGGGCUCGGCUGGACAGGAAGAUCCUGUGAGGAAGAGUGCCUGCCAGGAAAGUAUGGGGCAGGCUGCUCCCUGGACUGCCUGUGCCAGCACAAUGGCACCUGUGACAGGUUCACAGGGUGCUGCAGCUGCCCCGAGGGCUUCUACGGACACUCCUGUGAGCACAGGUGCCCCCUUGGAUUUUAUGGGCUGGGCUGUCUUCAGGCCUGUGCCUGUAAAAAUGGAGCAAGCUGUGAUGCAGUGACAGGACAGUGCCUUUGUCCUUUGGGUUACCAUGGUGUGCUCUGUGAAAAAGGCUGUGCCAGGGGCUGGUUUGGUGAGGGGUGCCAGCAUCAGUGUGACUGUGGAGAUGCUCCUUGUGAUCCAGAGACUGGGAAGUGCCUUUGCCCACCUGGGAAGACUGGAGACAAGUGUGACAUUGGGUGCAGGGCAGACAGGUACGGCCCUGGCUGCUCGCUGCGGUGCCAGUGCGGCGGCAGAUCCCGCUGCCAUCCCCGCAAUGGGAACUGUGCCUGCCCCAGCUCCUGGAGGGGCCCAACCUGCACUGAAGGUGGCCCUCCAAAGCUUCCUUUUUAUGAAGAACAAGCUCAAGAAAGAGGGAGUAUUUUUCCAAGAGCUCUACAACAGUAACAUUUGGACUAAUAAAUGAACUGUUUUAUAUGCACAGACGGUAUUUGAAUUUGGAUAUGAAAACAGUUAUUCAAUUCAGCUUGAAUUGUACUGAAGUAUUCACACUUCUUAUGGAAGACUACAGAGGCCAUUUAGUAGCUGGAUCCUUUUAAAGAGUUGAAUCUGUUUCAUGUGUUCAUUCCUAGCCUCUUGCCCCUCCAUUAAUCUACUCUGGACAUUCUUUCUGGUAUUAAUAUAAUUCAUUUCUUGAAAGCCUGGACAUGUUUUUAAUCAGAGCAGCUCCAAAGAGUAUCAGGAUAAGCUGCAUGUAACACAUCACCAUGGAAUGAGCCACACUCCCUAUCAGGGACUUUCUAAACCCACUUGACAACCAGCACCAAGUUUGAAGAGUAUUCCACAGAUUAUUUCUCUACGGAUUCAUUGCAAAAUCACAUUGCACAGAAACUGGAGGGAUUUAUCAAGUUAAUUCCUCUUUGAAUAACGUGGUGUGUUCUAGAGAAGCAUGCAGUCUAAUUUUGAACUUGCAGCUGAAGAAGAAUGUGCUACAAUCCAACAAAAGUCCUCAACACACUGUUAAUUUAUUUAAGAGCAUCUUCUGCAUUUCUGGUGUGGUUUGACUGAUUGGAAGGUCUCUGUCUGAAUCUGUCUUCCAAAGAGCGUGGUGUCAUCUGCCAGACUCUCCUGGCACCCUGUGUUCUCACAUCUUGCCAGAUGAAUUUCUCAGUGGGUUGUCAAGCCAAACUGUGCAGCACUUCUCAUCAAACAGUAUCUGCUAAUGCAGAGAAAGUUUUAUCUUGAAUGGAGAAAGCAAAUUGUAAGCAAGGAGAGAUGCUUAAAGAUACUGUCUCUGGGGUUUGUGUUUGUAUUGAGCAAUUUGUUUUCUAUCAAGUCAUCUCGCAACAGUCCUGCUCCCGUUCAGGUGCUGGUGGUCACCUCAUAGAGCAGAGACAUUUUGGUGCUGUUUUGCCUGUUUAGGCAGGUUUUCCUUUGAUAUAGGACUAUGUCAUUAUAAAGAAAUGUAUGUUCUGUAUUUUAAUAUUCUGUUAACCAGACUAAAAGAUUUCAGAGUGUCUCUUUAUACCUCUCUUUAGGUUAGGAGUUACAAAAUCUGUGUAGUAACCACUUGAUUCUGACUGUAUCAAAAGUGCACUCAAGAAGGGGCAUCAGGACCAUGGUAGGCACAGAGUAUGGGCAGUUCCAGCUCUUGUGCUGACACUCCAUUCUCCACCAGAGCAAACUGCAGCUCUGCAAGAGCAGGGUUUUGUUUUGCAAGAGACAAAAUGACAAUAACUGAUGGCAGCUUGGGAUUUUUGAAGAAAUUUGUUGUUGUGGUUGGGUAAGUGAUGAGUUGGUGGAGCAGCAUCCAGGAGGUUGGAUGGGAAGGUGAGGUAACAAUUUUCUCCCAUGGUUCACCCCAAGUCUUAAACAAAUCUGCAGUCAAUGACUGUCCAGGCCAAAGCAAAUGACACUUGCUCCCCUGGGAGUUUAUUUCAAAUUGUCAUCUACGGGAGGCAAUACAGUUUUAGGAGGUGUUUUCCAAGCUUCAUGGAAGUCUUAUUGUUGUUAUUCAUCACUUUGUAGGUAUUGAAAGUAAAGGUAUUUGUGAAUGUGUCAAAAUUAAUUAACUAACUGUGCUUCCAGCCAGAAAAUCGCUGAGGCUGAUGAUGAUCCCUUUUAAUUUCUUCUGUAGAGCUCAAUGAAUGUCACUGGAAAGUUCAUUCAAUGUAAAUGUGGCAGAAUUAUGGUCCCAGAAGUGUGUGACUCUCAGCAAGGCAGUGAUAUUUUAAAUGGUCUUUUGGAGGUGUGAUGUCCUGUGUCUGAUCCUACAAUUGUGUGAGUUUGGGGCAGUUUCACUGAACAGGGACCUGUAAGGUAAAUCUCCUGUGAGACCAUGAGAUAUAAUCUCAGCAACUGCUGGAGAAAAACAAUUCAAGUUUAGCAGUUGGCAUAUUUUGGUCUUAGCCCUGCAUUUACUGCAGAGCUAAACACAACAGCAGUGCAAGUAUCGCACUGAACUUAAGAUUUUUUUUUUGUAGAAUCAUUGAAUGAGUAAAGCUGUAGAAAACCUCUGAAGGUCUGAGCUUCCCUUUAAAGCCUGGUCAAAUUCAGAGUCAAAUGGGUCAGAGUUUCAUCGUUAAAGUCAAAUUUCAGAGAUUCAUCCCUCCUAGUUUUGAAUAUGUCCAAGAAUGGAGAUCCCACCACCUCUUUGAACCUGUCCUAGUGGAGAUUUCAUUUUCUUCCUCUUUUUUUUUUUUUCUCUCUGGUUUCUAAUCAGAAUUUCUUCCGUUUCAUCUUUGUUCCACUGGUUCUCAUCCUUUCAGAGUGGAUCUCUGAGGAGCCUUUGGCUUCCUCUCCCCACAGCCCCCAUGGGGUAGUUGGCUACAGCCUUGGUCUUCUCUUCUGAGGACAGCCCAUCCACUGGCCACAUUCCAGUACCUCAGACAUUCCAGUUCCUUCCAGCUGCCCAGAGGCUGGUGUGGUUACUCAGCACAUAAAACCCUUUACACUGCUGUCAGACAGCAGAAUAUAUCAAAUGUACUGUUUUUCUCUUAUUUUUGUAGAUUGAUGUGUGAUUUGAGCAGCUAAUCAAAGGGCAAACCUUUCUCAAGCCAUAUUAUUUACACCCAUGUAUUCUUGUUUACAUUUUCCACAGUACCUUGAUAAUAGAAUUGUAAAUAUGUAGUAUAAGGAAAUAAAAGAUUUUUGUAUUACGUGUUUUUAGAGGAUGUCACUGUUUUAGGUACAUGAUGAAACACAUAUUUUAAAUGACUGAUACUGAGUCUUUGCCAAUGAAUUAAGAGGCCCAAGUAGAUCUGCUUUGGGAAAUAUUUCAGCCAAAUUUUCUUAAAUCAAAAAAUGCCAAUUCAUACAAACCACUCCAUAUGCAGUAGACUUUUUAAUUCAAAAUGCUUCUUAGCUUCUUUAUGUUAUUUCCUUUGGAAUAGAAGUUCAGUGCCAUCAAACAGACCCUUCUGAUUUGUGGCUCUGCAUGACUUUUUGUUCCAAAACUAAGUACAGUCAUAUACAGGUAAAAAUCAGAAUUAAAGAUUUCAAAAAUGUUAAAAGAGAAAUUUUGAUUGAGAUAGUUGGAAUGUCAUAUCUUGGUUCUUAUUUUUUUCAUAAAGCAGAGAAAAUGUUUACAGGACUUUGUUUUCUAGAAGAGCCACAACUUUACAUGAUGAACUACUAAUUAAGGAAGUUUCCUUGCUUCUGAUAUUACUGUUCUGAUUCUGCUCCUUACUACAGUUUAACAGAUUUACCUGAUUCUUUGCCUACAAAAUAGUCUUUAUUAGACAGGAUGGAAUUUUUUAAUGGAAAACUGACUAAAUCAGCUUUUCCAGGGAUUAAUUUUGCGGCAAGUGAGUGUAGUUGCUACUAAAUUAACACAACUCUGCUUAUUUGCUUCAUCAGAUUCCAGUGAAGGAGUGUCAGGCUGAUGCAGUCCUGAGCACAGCGCUGGGGCUUGUUGAAAGUGGAAGUGAAAAACUCAGUGAGAGUGGGGUUUAUAGUUGAAUUGAUGUCCAUCUUGGUGAAGGCUGGCUCCCUGUUUCCCAGGAGGCUGAAGUUAAUUACGCUUCCUUGCAGAGAGAGCACUUGCACGUGCAGAUAACUCCUUUCAGAAGGACAUUGGAAUUAUUUCAGCCGUGCAGCUCCCGUGCCAAACCCCCCUCUCUUACCUUGUGAGCUCCAGAUAGCUCCAGCAGGAGAGGGAAGGAGCUGAGUGUAACUCAGUGGGCCCAGCAGAACCUCGCUCGCUGUGAAUUCAUGAAACCAGAACAGCAUGUUUUAAGUUAGACUUCACUAACACUAUCCUCAUAGGAAAACAAUCAGAAUUUAAAAAAUUCCCCGCUUCCCCUGCCAAAAAUUAUUAUUCUACUUUUAUCCUUUUUAUGUUGAAGAACCAUAGCUAUUAAAGUUUGCCCAGAUUCCUUGCCAACCAUAUUAUUUUGAUUGGCUGCAGGUUUCUGUUUGUGUAAGUAAUAACCAGUACAGUGUCAGGAGUUGCCAACGGGACAAACAUGGAAAUAAUACCUUCAUGUCCUUCCCAGAAGAGGCAAAGACACAUUUGGGAGCCAUCGUGGCUUCAGUGUGCAGAUCAAAUGGUGACUCUGUUAGAAUUCAGCUUCUUAUCAGAGCAAAGUAAAGCUCAGGAACAAUCUUUGAGAGUGCUGGUGGACCAAGAAGCCUCCAUCCUCCCAUUCUUGUGUUGAUAUUUUUAUAUUUAGGCUAGAAACCUCCUCAGCCCCCACAUUUUUGAGGACUUUCCCUCAGGUUGACCUGAGUAGCUCCAUGCAUGGGCUGCAACUGUGCCCAGUAAUUCUUUUGCAAGGUCACAGCUUUAAGUUCUGACACUGUGUAAAGCAAUUGCCAGCAGUAAACACCAAAUCUCAGCCUUGUAGAGCAUAAAUUGUUCGUUCUGUUUUUUAUUGCUUUUAAUAAGCACUUGCAUAGCAAUAUUAUGUCUCUGUGAAUUUGUAAUCCCUCUUCAAGAAAUGUGUGGGAUGUAUCUCGGGUUUGUACUGUACUUUCUGUUGUAGACGUGUUGUAGUGAAAGGAUGCUGAUUUUUUUUUUUUAUAUAAACAUGUCAUUAAAA